UGGUCAGACUGGUCUCAAACUCCUGGCCUUAGGUGAUCCACCCGCCUCGGCCUCCCAAAGUGCUGGGAUUACAGGUGUGUUUUUUGUUUUUUUAAGAGAUGGAGUCUCACUAUGUUGCCCAGGCUGGCCUUGAACUCCUGGACUCAGGUGAUCCUUCUGCCUCAGCCUUCCCAGUAGCUGGGUCCCUGUGAUGAUUUUAAUUGAAUUCUGUGGUGUGUAAGAAGACCAGCCUGCAAGGCAAGCACAGAUGGGGCAGCUUUUGUUCUGAGAAAUUCGUGCCCUUACUGAACUUGGGUCCGGCUAUUUUUGGAAUAUGGCCAGCGUCCAGUUCUAACCCACGACACGGUCUUUUUGGAGUAGCAUGAACUCAGGACAAAGCUGGCUGCAUAGUCAAACCCUCACCCCUUCCAUCCUGCACACACACAGUUUCAAGUAACAGAUGUUCCAGGCAGAGCCAGCCAGAGUGAGCUGUUCCUCAUCUCCACCAACCCCUGCAAUCUCUGCCCGAGUCCCCCUCCUUCCAUCCGCCUCCCCUUACUAGAGUCUCAGCCCUUCCUCCUCGCCUGGAAGUCUUGCCCCCGCCCCCUUGUGCUGGCUCGAGCUCAGGCCUCUUCCUUUGUCGCAGCUCCGCCCAGUUGAACACACCCACCCGCUGGGGAAGGUGCCUCUGUUCCCUCCCCACGCACUCUGGGCCUAGCUGACAGAGAUGGACCAUCGAAAAGCCAGGGUCCUCCCAGCUGGGCACUACUGCCCCUCACUAGGAAUAUGGGCCUCGAAGGCUGGCAGUGUGAGGUUCUCUGUGCCACCUUCCAUCAGCAGGAACCUGGCCAUGGUGAACGAAGCCAGAGGAAAUGACAGCCUCAACCCCUGUUUGGAGGGCAGUGCCAGCAGUAGCAGCGAGAGCUCCAAAGACAGUUCGAGAUGUUCCACCCCGGGCCUGGACCCCGAGCGGCAUGAGAGACUCCGGGACAAGAUGAGGCGGCGAAUGGAAUCUGGUGACAAGUGGUUCUCCUUGGAAUUCUUCCCUCCUCGAACUGCUGAGGGAGCUGUCAAUCUCAUCUCAAGGUUUGACCGGAUGGCGGCAGGCGGCCCCCUCUUCAUAGAUGUGACCUGGCACCCAGCAGGUGACCCUGGCUCAGACAAGGAGACCUCCUCCAUGAUGAUCGCCAGCACCGCCGUGAACUAUUGUGGCCUGGAGACCAUCCUGCACAUGACCUGCUGCUGUCAGCGCCUGGAGGAGAUCACGGGCCAUCUGCACAAAGCCAAGCAGCUGGGCCUGAAGAACAUCAUGGCGCUGCGGGGAGACCCCAUAGGUGACCAGUGGGAAGAGGAGGAGGGAGGCUUCAACUACGCAGUGGACCUGGUGAAGCACAUCCGAAGUGAGUUUGGUGACUACUUUGACCUCUGUGUGGCAGGUUACCCCAAAGGCCACCCCGAAGCAGGGAGCUUUGAGGCUGACCUGAAGCACUUGAAGGAGAAGGUGUCCGCGGGAGCCGAUUUCAUCAUCACACAGCUUUUCUUUGAGGCUGACACAUUCUUCCGCUUUGUGAAGGCAUGCACCGACAUGGGUAUCACUUGCCCCAUCGUCCCCGGGAUCUUUCCCAUCCAGGGCUACCACUCCCUUCGGCAGCUUGUGAAGCUGUCCAAGCUAGAGGUGCCACAGGAGAUCAAGGACGUGAUUGAGCCAAUCAAAGACAAUGAUGCUGCCAUCCGCAACUAUGGCAUCGAGCUGGCUGUGAGCCUGUGCCACGAGCUUCUGGCCAGUGGCUUGGUGCCAGGCCUCCACUUCUACACCCUCAACCGCGAGAUGGCUACCACAGAGGUGCUGAAGCGCCUGGGGAUGUGGACUGAGGACCCCAGGCGUCCCCUGCCCUGGGCUCUCAGCGCCCACCCCAAGCGCCGAGAAGAAGAUGUACGUCCCAUCUUCUGGGCCUCCAGACCAAAGAGUUACAUCUACCGUACCCAGGAGUGGGACGAGUUCCCCAACGGCCGCUGGGGCAAUUCCUCUUCCCCUGCCUUUGGGGAGCUGAAGGACUACUACCUCUUCUACCUGAAGAGCAAGUCCCCCAGGGAGUUGCUGCUGAAGAUGUGGGGGGAGGAGCUGACCAGUGAAGAAAGUGUCUUUGAAGUCUUUGUUCUCUACCUCUCGGGAGAGCCAAACCGGAAUGGUCACAAAGUGACUUGCUUGCCCUGGAACGAUGAGCCCCUGGCAGCCGAGACCAGCCUGCUGAAGGAGGAGCUGCUGCGGGUGAACCGCCAGGGCAUCCUCACCAUCAACUCACAGCCCAACAUCAACGGGAAGCCGUCCUCCGACCCCAUCGUGGGCUGGGGCCCCAGCGGGGGCUAUGUCUUCCAGAAGGCCUACUUAGAGUUCUUCACUUCCCGUGAGACAGCGGAAGCGCUUCUGCAAGUGCUGAAGAAGUACGAGCUCCGGGUUAAUUACCACCUUGUCAAUGUGAAGGGUGAAAACAUCACCAAUGCCCCCGAACUGCAGCCGAAUGCCGUCACUUGGGGUAUCUUCCCUGGGCGAGAGAUCAUCCAGCCCACCGUAGUGGAUCCCAUCAGCUUCAUGUUCUGGAAGGACGAGGCCUUCGCCCUGUGGAUUGAGCAGUGGGGCAAGCUGUAUGAGGAGGAGUCUCCAUCCCGCACGAUCAUCCAGUACAUCCACGACAACUACUUCCUGGUCAACCUGGUGGACAAUGACUUCCCACUGGACAACUGCCUGUGGCAGGUGGUGGAAGAUGCACUUGAGCUUCUCAACAGGCCCACCCAGAAUGAGAGAGAGAUGGAGGCUCCGUGACCCUGUGUCCUGACGCCCUGCGCUGGAGCCACUCCUGUCCCACCUUCCUCCUCCACGAUGCUACUUCUCUGGGAAUCCCACUCUCCUUCAUGUCUCUCCCACCCCUGGCCUCCACUCCCCGACCUGACGAUGGCAGCUAGACUGGAGUGAGGCUUCCAGGCUCUGGCUGGACUUGAGUUGGCCCCACAUGGGAACCUAGUACUCCCUGCUCUAGCCAGGAGUCUGUGCUCUUUUGGUGGGGAGCACUUCCGUCUUGCAGAGAACCACAGCGGGUGGCACCUCCUGAGAAGGCAAGGAGAGUGGUUGUUGCCAGCUAAGCCCUCGAACCAAGGCAGCCUCCAGAGCCAGCCUGGGACUCCCAGUGAACUUACACUUGGAGCCUGUGCAGUACAGGCAAAACACGCAUGGGCGCCAGGCACUGGUGGCAUCGUAGAAGAGAUGUGGCAAAGUGCUGUACCCUUCUACCUCCUAGAGGUGGGCAGCUGGGCCCCACCUACUUGUGAGUGAAGGGACAUACCACUGCCCUGCCUGCCCGCUUAGCCGUCCAUGGCACCAGCCCCCUGGAUGGGCAUUGGGCUGACACCUACCAUGCUGCUUUCUGGCACAGUUGUCUAUUCUGAGCUUUGAGAGAAAAAGUACCCCUUAAGGGUUGACAGCAGCAGUCUGAACCCUUGUGCUUGGUGGGGGUCGUGGCCUUCCCCUUUUCCCUGGCUGUGGAGGCCUAAGGCUACCCCGUUCCCGGUCAAAAGCCAAGAUGAGAUUCACCAGCACAGGGGCCCCAGACCUGCCUGGGGCUGUGCAGCAGCCCAGCUUCCUGGCUUAUUUUUCAGGUAGACCCUCGUCCUGCCAGCUGCCCUCCUCGUCCCCUCGUCCUGUCCCAGAGGUUAUCUGCCUGGCACAGCUCCCCAGGAGUCACCUGCAAGCCCCAUGGCCCGGGGGCAGUGACUGGCAGGUGCAGAUGGACUGUUUCCUGUCCUGGAUCCCAGCAGGCUGGGUGGGGUGGGGUGGCCCGGAGCAGCCUGAUGGCCAAAGGGGUGGAUGCAAUUGUGGGACGUCCUCUUUACUCCCUUCCUGGCCUCACUGGCUGGGGCAGAAGGGCGGCCGCUAGGAGAGACUAAGAGAAGCAGCUAGGACUGAGGAGUGGGUUUUAUUGUCCUUCAGAGCUCUUCAAGCUGUCCCCUCUGUCAUCACUCCCCGGAUGUGUGGGGCAUGGUUCCUUGCCUGGGAAAGCCGAGUUCAGUUCUGUUUUUUAUUCUCUGGGAACACGUCACAGCUGUAGCUGGGCCCCAUGCUCUGCCCCAAGCCCCCAAUCCCCGCAGGGCUCCGGCGGCUUCUGUCCACUCUCAGGGCCCUUAGGGCCUGGCUUGCUCCAGGGUCUUGGGCUACUGGCAGCUCCUCUCCUUGGGCUUCUGGCUGCCAGGCGUUGGUGCCACUUCUUAAAGGCCUGGAACCAGGGAGGGGAGGAAAUGCUAUUGUUGUGGGCUCUCUCCAGGGUCUGUGCCGUGCCUGCUAGAGCAACACCUGUGCCCAGCUCCUUUUGUCCCCAGGGCCCCUCCCUCUGCCCCAAGCAGCCAGCCAGUCUUGCCCAGGCCAAAUGCACAAGCUCAGAAUAGAUCCGAUGGUGAUCUGGGAAGCUGUACUCAGAGCAGAGCAAAUGAGGGAGGGGGUGCUCAGGACCUAGGCCCUCCAUGGGCUAGUCUGAGCGGCAGCCAUACCUCAUGCCACACCUUCCCAAACUGAGGGACCGGGUGGGCCUGGCCUGAGCUGGGGCCACAAAUCAAAUCAAGGGCUCCAGCAUCCAGCCUGUGUGUUCUGUAAUGGAACUGACCCCCUCCCCUGAAAACAAAGGGGCCCUGGGGCUGGCAAGCAGGGAAACCUCAGAUCCGCAGUGCGCAGCUGUGGCACAGGCUUCUGGAAGGCUGGCUGGGUGGAGUGCAGGGAAGAGGGUAGUACCUGGGAAAGGACCCAGCCAUCUUCCUGCUGCUUUAACUGCUGAGCCACUCGCAGUCGCAGGAUCCGCUGCCACCACGUCCGCCAGGCCGAUCUCAGGUGCCACUCUCUGAGCUUUGGGGACAGUUGGCAGAGGAGGCCUCUUGCGCUCACGCUCCCCUGCAGUCGCCAGCCCUUCUGCCUUUCUCCCCCCACACCUCUGCGGCACCAGAGUGAAAGGGCUAUGGCAAGGGGGUGUCAUCUGAGUAUUAACAAUGCAGAUUCCUGGGCCUGUCCCCCAAGGUUUUGGAGUCAGUAGGUCCAAGGGCCAUACUUUUGAGAGGGGUUAGGGUUCAGUAUGAGGUGAAAUGGGAGAUGGUCAGUAUGGAGAGGGGCUGCGCCCACUCACCAGGGUCCGUGCCAGCUGUUCUGCCCCUUGGGCAUCCACCCAGUGCUGCCAUGCUGCUGCCAGGCACCUGGCCUGCUGGGAACCCCGCAGCCCACGAAGCAGUGCCUUAAGCCACCGGCGCUGCAGGUACUUCCUCCUGAUGGCCAAGAGCAUCGUGACCCUUCAGGGCCGGAAGGAGGGCAGAGCCAUGGGCCUGGGCCUGCUUUUCCAGGAUCCUACAUGAAAGAGCACUGGCCAGAGAGGGCCCAGCUCUAGCCAUGGCUCCGGCGAGCCCCUCGGCCCCUGCCCCCAUCCCUCGGACCCCCCAAACUGCACACACAGCUCCUCUCACCCCAGCCUCCUUUUAUGGGCCUCGCUUUGGGCUUUGAGGGCCCUGGGCUCAGGGCUGGAGUGUCCUCUUGGUCCCUGGUCCCUCAUCCACAAGGGCAGGCCUGGGACCCAGCUACUCUGUCCAGGCCACUGCGGCCAGAGCUGGAAGGCAGGGCAGAGAGAAUGUUCUCCGCACCCUGGAAAGGGGAGUUGAGUCAGAAGAGCUUAAUGUGGGUCCAAGAAGGCAGCUGCUCUUAGUGCCCGCCUAGGAGUUGAGUACAGUGAGGAGCGUGGAGGAAGGCGCUGAGCUCAGCCUUGUGCCCUGCCCCCCAUCUUCCCAGGCCUCUAGCCGCUCUGGGCUGCUGCCCAAAGAGAAAUCACAGGGGCGGGACAGGAACACAAAGUUUUCUCAGAACACCUGAAACAUUCCUAAGAGGGAAUGGAUGGGGAGAAUGGUCAGUACAUAUAACACCGUGUCCCAAGGAGCUGAUUUCCAGGCCCCUGAGGACUGGAGACCACUUCACCCCUGCACUUCAGACACUGUUUGUCCUCCGGGGCAAGGUCUCCUUACUCUGAGCCCAGGCCAUUCCCCUUGGCUUCCUCUGUCCACCCAGGCUGCACUGCAGUGAUGGCGCGGGCGGCACCAGCCCUGUGGCCUGUGUCCAGCAGCUGCGGGUCUGAAGGAACAACCAGAAAGGAGCACCUGAACCCCAUGGGCUUGGACCUCCUGGGGCCCCACUGGGAUUUCUUGGCUGGCAGGACACAUCCCUGCUUCUUCCACCCAUUCCCCCAGGUGGCCAAAGACAUUCCAACAGUGGGGUGGGCCCCUAGAAGUUACCCCUCAGUGCCUGGGAGCACAGCCCUGGGAGGUGGCUGUUUCUCUCCCCACUUAAAACUUGUCAAAGCUGAGUUACUUGUCUGAGGCCUCAUACCUCGAAAGUGGUCUGACUCCAGAGUCCGAGCCCCCGGCUAGUACUCUCUACAGAGAGGGGCUCUCCAAAGGGGCUGCUGGGGCAUGUGUGCCUGUGGCAGAAAAGAGGGGGCCCUGGAAUUAAGCACCCUAGGUACCAUUCCCAGUGUUUAGUUUCUAGAGGCCUCGGAUUCUCCAUCAGUAUAUGGGAUCCUUGUCUUGAAUAGAAAUGUAAAAGUACUCUGAGAAGCAAUUGCCCUGUAGCUUAUUUAGAAAGAAGAGACCCUGAGACCCUAGAACCUGCUGUUGCCAUAGUCCCAUAUGUGUGAAUUCUGCAACUAGCCAAGGCUAGUUCCUUUCAAUUCCAUUUUAAAAACAAAAACCGGGAGGCACGGUGGCUCAUGGCGCAAUGGGCCUGCCCAGCGGUUGGGGAGGCCAAGGCAGGCAGAUCGCUUGAGCCCAGGAGUUCGAGACAAGCCCUGGCAACACAGUGAGACCCCAUUUCUACAAAAAAAAUAAAAUUAGCCGGGUGUGUUGGCACACGCCUGUAGUCUCAGCUACUCACGCGGCUGAGGUGGAAGGAUUGUUUGAGCCCUGGAGGUUGAGGCUGCAGUGAGCUGUGAUUGCACCAUUGCAUUCCGGCCUGGGCAACAGAGUGAGACACUGUCUGAAAAAAAACGACGACCGAAAAAAGUCACCUUAGCUUUUUCUCUUAGAACCUUCUCUAAAAUGUAUUCUUUGUGGCAUUCUGAAAUAAGAUUCCUGAUGAUGCCUGUUGAUCUUAGGGACACUACCUCACCUGCCAGUAUCUUUGGGGCUGUGUCCUUCAAGGACAUGUCCCCAGACUGCUGUGCAGUGUCAUUUUCUGUUUGGUUUUGUGGUGGCUUCUUCCCUCUUGCUAGGCCAUCAACCUCUUAUCACCAUUUGUUGGUGUCAGAACUAACUGCUUCUGGUCUGGAGAGGGACUGACCAAUGCCGUUGGGUAGAGAGAAUUAUGAAAGAGAUUUUGGUAUUUUUCUACUUUAUAUUUUCUGACUUUUCUGUAAUGAGCAUAUUUCACUUUUCCAAUAAGAAAAAAAAAAAAAAAACUUGACCUGGUGCAGUGGCUCACACCUGUAAUCCCAGCACUUUGGGAAGUCGAGGUGGGAGGAUCACUUGAAUUCAGGAGUUCGAGACCAGCUUGGGCAAUAUGGUGAAACCCCGUCUCUACUAAAAAUACAAAAAUUAGCCAGGUGUGGUGGCACGCACCCGUAGUCCCAGCUACUCAGGAGGCUGAGGUGGGAGGAUCGCUUGAACCUGAGAGGUGGAGGUUGCAGUGAGUUGAGAUCACACCUCUGCUUCAGGCUGGGCAAUUGAGCCAGACUCUGUCUCAAAAAUAAAAAAACAAAAAAA